AUGAUGGAAGAUCACUUUUAUUGCAAGGACUUGCAUGAGCCCAUCAUUACAAAGGAUAAGCCCGCAGGAAAGGAUGACAAGGCAUGGGAGAUUUUAAAUCGAAAAGCGGUUGCUGUAAUCCGUAAGUACAUUGAUCGAUCACUUUUCGAACAUGUCUCUACUUACACCAACGCUUAUGAAUUAUGGACAAAACUUGAGUCCAUGAUUCAAAAGAAAACGCCUCGGAACAAAGCUCUCCUCGUUCGACGGCUGGUAAAGUUGGAAUACAAGGAUGGCCAGAGCAUGAUGGAGCACUUGAACAAUUUCAAGGGGGUCGUCAAUCAAUUAAGCAAAGUCGACAUGAAGAUUGAAGAUGAAAUGCAAGCCCUUUUACUCCUUAGCUCCCUACCAGAGAGUUGGGACACACUAGUUGUCACUCUCAGCAAUUCAGCACCAGAGGAAAAGCUCACCAUGGACACCGUCAGCGAUAGUCUUCUAAACGAAGAAACAAGGAGAAAAGAACGAGGUUCAAGCACCAUGUCGGAGGCAAACGUCAUAGAUAGACGGGGUAGAGAUGAAACUCGUGGACGCAAUAGAACCCGAGAUAGAGAUCAAUCUAGGGGACGAUCCAAGUCACGCCCUAGAGUUACUUGCUACUAUUGUGGAAAAGUGGGUCAUAGAAAACCAGAAUGCCGGUUUUACAAGAAAGACCAACAAACGGGUAACAUAAAACCAGACCGGUUUAAUCCCACAAAGAAGCACGAUGACAAGACCACCACCAUUGUGUCAGACGAGGAUAACGAUGUUUAUAUGAUGUUUAUAUUAUUGGAGAAUGCAAUCUUCUCAAUAUUGCCUCCAAUGAUACUUCAUGGAUCGUUGACUCUGGUGCUUCCUUUCAUGUCACUCCUCAUGGAAGCUUCUUCUCAACUUACCAAAGUGGUAACUUUGGUAACGUACAAAUGGGAAAUCAAGGAAGAAGCAAGAUUGUUGGAAGAGGAGAUGUGA